AUACAAAACAAUAAAUUCGUAUUUAAACGCACGUGCAGUAUAUCUUCGUGUCUCGUAGUAAAAUUAAGAAAAAUGAAUGACGAACCAUUUAAUAAAUAUCAUUUAUGCAAUUUUAAUGAGCCUACUUUAGCAGAAGAUUUGCUUACAGAAGCGCUGCGUCAUCUUUGGUCGUGCAAAUGGACUACAACGCGUUUACAAAAUAUUUUAGAUAAUUGGCAGAGCAUCAAAAAUACAGAACCUUGUUUAGAAACAGCGGAUGCACUAUUCUGUCAGGCUGUCGAACUGACGCUGGUGUUUGUGCAAAACAAUUUCACAGGACCAUUUAAACAAUUGGAAGAAUUUAGUGAUUUUUUGCAGGCAAAGCAGCUGAAAGACUAUGAUCCUUUUAUACGAUUAAUGGAAAAUGGAGAAGAAAUAAAUCCAAAUGUAAAAUUAGGCGAAUUGUUAGUGUUGGCAAAGGAAAUGUUUCAUUUAUUACGCCAGAGCUGGCCCGAUUCUUUGUAUCUUCAAUGGUGGUGUAUGCGCGUAAUUUCCAUACAGCAACAGGUAAUCGAAGAGCUGACUAGCAAUUUAUACGAACAGCUUAAAGUUACGGCUGAAUCGCUGCUAAAAAAUGUAGACAGUGUACAGGAGAAAGAGUUGCAAGCCUUGCUUUACUUGGAAGUGGCAAAUGCCUAUUUACUAUUUCAUCGCACACAAAAGUCCGAUGGGGUCCUUGCGGAAUUGUGCCAGCGUUUUAAUAUAGCUUUGAAUGUGGAAGGUUUACUCGGUGUGCGUACAAAGUUCCAGCAGAAGCCGGUGCCUCAACUUUGUUUGAAAGUGGCGCAUUCUAAUACUGAAUUUCCUGUGGCGCAGCUAACAAAUGGCCACACAAAUUUACCCAAGCUGCUGCUAUUAGAUGAUGACACGCGGCUGGAACGCAUACGCUUUAUUGAGCCCAAAGACAAUGAGGUGAUGACUUUGCCUAGCGUUUUACAGGCUUUAGUGCUAGCAAAAGUUAAACAACUUAAACGCUCCCAACCUAAAGAUCGUCUUGCUGACGAGGAACUGGAGCCUUACACAAAAACUUUACUCUAUCAAGAGCACGGCCCGCUACAAGUUCGUCAGUCUGCCUUGCUGCUCAAUUGUGUUCAAGAGUCCAAUCAACGACGCACAGUUGAGCGCAGCUGGAAGCAGUGUGAAGGUGCUGUCAAGUUGCUCGAUGCGCCUAUAUAUUCAUUACCCGAACGGCUCUCGUACGCUUUCGCAGGCUUCCUGCAACCCAAGUGGCAGAUUCAAGCGCAACUAUGCGAAUUAUUGCUCUCAUUGGGUAUGACGAAAACAGCACUGGAUAUAUACCUGCAAAUACAAGCGUGGUCGGAGGUGAUUCAGUGUUAUACAAGACUUGAGCUGCGUCAUAAAGCUGCCGAGAUUAUAAAACAAGAGUUGACGAAGAAGCCUACAGUGCUGCUGCAUUGCUUGCUAGGCGAUGCUACAGACGAUCCAAACUGUUAUGCUACAGCCUGGGAGUUCUCCAAGCAUACGAGCGGAAGAGCGCAAGCACAUUGGGGCACAUAUUAUUUCCGUAAAGCUGAAUAUGCCGAGGCAAUACCGCAUUUAGAAAAAUCUGUAGAUAUAAAUUCGUUGCAAGAGAAGAUAUGGUUGCGCCUGGGUUUCGCAGCUAUACAACUCGAGCGUUGGGAGUUGGCCGUGCAUGCGUAUAUUACAUAUACACAUAUCGAGCCAUUGGGAUUUGAAUCAUGGAAUAACUUGGCAAAGGCGCUGGUGAAGUUAGGCGAUAAAAAACGUGCACAUAAGGUAUUGAGUGAAUCGCUGAAAUGUAACUAUAACAACUGGAAGGUAUGGGAAAACUUUAUGAUUGUUUCGGUGGAUACGUCUAACAUCGAGGACGCCAUGAAUGCAUACAAUCGUCUCAGCGAGUUGAAAGACCGUUACUUAGACUUGGAAGUGCUUUCUAUUACUGUGGGCGCCAUUGUAGAGGGCAAAGCCGAUGCCAAAGGACAGACACAAGAGCGUUUGCGCAAGAAAGCUAUUACUUUGAUGGCGCAGCAAUGCAUUAAACAUGGCAACGAACCGAAAGUAUGGGAAUUGGCCGCAUUGCUUGCCACCACACCUCUAAAGCGGGCACAAAAGUUGGUUAAAGCCGUAAACGCAUACACCGCCAAAGAGUUGGAGUGGACAACAAAGCAGGCAUAUGCGCUCAAAGUGAUACGAGUGUGUCAGCAAGCUUGUGAGUUGUCUUUGGAGGCAACCAAUGACCAUGCGCCCGACGAAACCGAGGUAAUGAUAACAUCGCAGUUGAAUUCAGCUCGUCUUGGAGCGCAAGCAGUACUACGUUCGACGGCGAAAGUUAAUGAAAAGUGGGCAGAAAAUGAAGAAAAUUUAGCGGUUUUGCGGGAGCAACUUGAGGCGCUGACAACAAAAGUGAAGGAGCGUAUGAAUGCGGCGAGCUCAAGUUAGCAAGAAACAAUUCCAAAUUUUAAUUGUGAAAGUAAAAAUAAAGUGUAUUUAAAAUAACAACUACAA